CUCAGUUGUCUAACGUUCAUCUGCAGGAGGUCGGGGGUUCAAUUCCCUCUGCGGCCCGUUUUGUUUUCGGAGUGUCUCAUGCCCCCCCCCAAGUUUCAAGACUUUUCCCCCAACAGUGGGAAUUUCCUGUAUGCAAUACGGGGAUCCAUAACUGCGAGAACUCAUGAGCUGCCGCGAUUUUGGUAUAUGAUGUUCAAGGAUGUCAUUGCACUAUCAAGCUGCUGUCUAUUCACAUCUAUUACCUAGGGGCUGAUCAGCACUGAAUGUGAUGGAGAGAACAGAGCAUGCACAGAUUGCCUAGGUAAUGGCACACGAUCAUCAGCCAUUUCGUUGCAUUCGAGCCUCAAGGUUGUCUUUGACGCGCUCGAACCACUCUUCUGCGAGGAUGCUGUACACACAGACAUCCGUGUAUCCCCCACAUUUGAUAUCAGACCAAGCGGCGCGUCUGGUCCCUUCGAGCACGGCACCAGCCUUCUCCAGCCAUCCCCGCAUCCCCGGAUUGUCCACCGACGUCUGGAACUGCGCGCGAUGGAGCAUUCUCUCCUCGAACGCAUACACCAGGACUGUAUGCAGCGCGUCCGUCGCGAAGCCACCGCGGAACAGGUCGGGGCUGAUGAGGAUCCCGACCUCGCACGACCUGCCGUUGUCGUCGAUAGCGAAGAUGCCCGUUGUGCCGGCAAACACGGAGUACAGCCCCGUCGUCGGAUCCUGUGCGUAGACGUUGAAGUCGACCAGCGAUGGAUCGGGGUGGCGGGACAGCCGGCGCGUGCGCGCAUCGGCGGUCGUGGUCUCGUCAGGCCAGAACCGGAGGUACUUUUUCGUGUCUGAGUGUGAGCGGAGGACAGCCGUGAACUCGUCAUCCGCCUCUGAAGGGGGAACCAGGGCCGUUCGGCCGGUUUUCGAUGGGAUCGUGCGGUCGAGGAUCAUGGUGGGAGAGAAAGAAGAGAAUGAGCUCGAGCGAUGGAACGAGCCAACUGCAUGGUUGUUUGUUGCUUGGCUUCUCCUCGCCCUGACUCGACUGGCUGGCGUCGGAGUUGGUCUCUGAUGCAGACUUGGAGGAGGUGGCAGUGCCUGUCAACAACGCGUUGAUCAACCCUCCAGUUGACCACCACCCACGAUGCCGAAGAUCAAGACGACGAGGACAAAGCGGCCGCCAGAGGGGUUUGAGGAGAUUGAGGCCAUCCUGGACGACUACGCCAAGAAGAUGCGCGAUGCUGAAAACGAGUCACACGAAGGCAAACGCAAAGCCGAAUCUCUCUGGCCCAUCAUGCGUAUCUCUCACACGCGUUCACGCUAUAUCUACGAGCUCUACUACAAGCGGGAAGCGAUCUCCAGAGAGUUGUAUGACUGGCUGCUAAAGGAAGGUUAUGCUGACGCAAACCUGGUCGCCAAGUGGAAGAAGUCGGGGUAUGAAAAGCUGUGUUGUCUGCGUUGCAUUCAGACCAAGGACAUGAACUACCAAGGCUCUACAUGCGUCUGUCGAGUUCCGAAAGCGCAGUUGCGUGCAGGUACCAUCGUUGAAUGCGUGCAUUGUGCUAAUUUCCCAGCAUCGAAAGUCCCCACUUUGUUGUGGCGGAGUGAUCGGAACGUCGCUUGGCGCGGCUCCGUCAUGGGUUUGCUGGCCGAGCAAGUAGUUCAUGUCGCGAGAAGUCUCACUGCCAGGGCGGCGGCCCCGCAACAGGCUGGCGUUCUUUCUGGCGCAAAUCCCGCAGCCUGGGACGCGGCUGACCCCAUCAAGCUCUGGGUCAUCCAAGUUAUCAUCAUCACGGGCAUGACUCAGAUCCUGGCGCUCAUUUUCGGACGGAUCCGUCAGCCGCGGGUCAUCGCAGAGGUCAUUGGCGGAGUCAUCCUCGGGCCGUCCAUCAUGGGCCGCAUUCCUGGAUUCUCCAAGACGAUAUUCAACACGAACUCGAUGCCCCUGCUCACGCUCACCGGAAACAUCGGACUCGUGUUCUUUCUGUUCCUUAUCGGGCUCGAGAUUGACGUCCGGCUGGUGAAGAAGAAUGCGCGUGUCUCCGCUGCCGUGUCGCUCGCGGGUCUGCUUGUCCCAUUGGGCCUGGGUGCUGCGCUUGGCGUGGGCGUGUACCGCGAAUUCACGAACCACACCGUCAAUUUCGGAUACUUCAUCCUGUUCGUCGCUGUCGCCGUAGGGAUCACCGCUUUCCCUGUACUCUGUCGCAUCCUCACGGAACUCAAACUACUCGAUACGCCCGUUGGAGCGAUCGUUCUCGCUGCCGGAGUGGGCAACGACGUCGUCGGCUGGAUCCUGCUCGCGCUGACAGUCGCCUUGGUGAAUGCGUCGACGGGAUUGACCGCGUUGUACGUCCUGCUCGCUAGCGCAGGAUUCGUGCUGUUCCUGCUUUUCCCUAUCAAGUGGGCUUAUCUCGCGCUUGCAAAGCGGACGGGCAGUUUGGAGCAGGGGUCGCCGACAACCACAAUGAUGACCAUAACGUUGAUCAUGACGCUGUUUUCGGCCUUUUUCACCGACAUUAUCGGCGUCCAUGCCAUCUUCGGUGGAUUCCUGGCAGGUUUGGUCAUCCCGCACGAGAACGGGUACGCGAUCUCGAUGGUGGAGAAGAUGGAGGACUUUGUGGCCAUUUUGUUCUUGCCGAUCUACUUUACCUUGUCUGGGCUGAGAACCAAUCUUGGCCUGCUCAACGACGGGAUCACAUGGGGAUACAUCGUCAUUAUCUGCUGUGUCGCCUUCUUCUCCAAGUUCAUCGCUUGCGGGCUCACUGCGUAUGCGGCCGGGAUGUCAUGGCGGGAAUCUGGUGCGAUUGGGUCUCUCAUGAGUUGCAAAGGUCUCGUGGAGUUGAUCGUGCUGAACGUUGGCUACACGGCCGGGAUCUUGGAUCAGCGGACGUUCUCGAUGUUCGUGCUGCAUGCGAUUAUCUUGACUGUCAUGACCACUCCCCUGACAAUAUUCUUCUACCCGGAGCACGCACAGACUCACGAAGGAUCGUACCGGACACCUGUCAAGACCGAUGCCGAGUCUCCACGAUCUGCACCGGCUGACGAACAGCUCAAGACCAGGUUCUCCAUCGUGCUGGAAAAGAUUGAGCAGCUGCCCGCGGCCAUGGCCAUCUCGCAGCUUCUGCAACCGGUAGCGCACUCUCCUCCGUCCUACGUGUCGAGCGUUGCCGAGGAAAAAGCGGUCGAGGCACAUGGCAUAUCUCCUAUUCCGGGGGCAAACGUCAGCAUCGACGCGCUGCGCCUUAUCGAGCUGACGAACCGAACGUCGGCUGUCUUGCGAUCGCAAGAAUCCGAUCAUCUCCUGCACAACGACCCCAUCCUGUCGAUCUUCCGAACCUUCGGGACGCUCAAUCGCCUUUCCGUAUCUGCGGCAUUGUCCGUCGUGAACUAUGAUGAGUUCCCUGAUGCGAUCGCGCAGCAUGCCCGGAACGCCGACUCGCAGAUGGUUAUCCUGCCGUGGGCGCGGGGGGCGACGUACGAGGAGGACGGCGCGAAGAAUCCGUUCGACGGGGUAUUUAAUCGAUCGGGAUCGCAGGACCAGACGAGCUCUGUCGUGUACUCUGAGUUCAUCCGCAAGGCGUUCUUGCACUCGCCCACCGACGUUGCUCUGUUUGUUGAUCGUGGAUUGAGCUCGGGUGCCCCCGGCGAUCAUUUCCUCCUACUUCCGUUCCUGGGCGGGCCCGAUGACCGGCUGGCGCUGUCAUUUUUGGUCCAGUUGUGCGCCAACUCGAAUGUGCAGGGCAAGGUUGUGUGGAUCUCCAAGAUGGAAGGCGGAUCGUUCGUUGCUGGCGGUGAAGCCACACAUGCGACGAUGGCUGCUGCGGACACCGUCUACGGCCCGCACACGACCCAGACGCGGAUCGUGUCAGACACCGCCGACAACGUGCUUUGGGAGCGUUUCUCCGCCUCGCCCCGCCUGAUCUUUUCGAAAGAAUCGAGUCCCCGGCCCCUCGCUCGCAUCGCGGAACUGGUGCAGGCUGAGAUCGCCGUGCGCUCGAACGCGAUCGUUUUGCUCGGGCGGUCCCGCCGGAUGGCGGUGGAAUCGCACGCAGCUGAGCUCCAGGCAUUGACCAGCAGUAAGGGCGCCGUCGUCGGCUCGUCUGUUGCCAAAACUCUGGGAGACGUCGGCGCCGCUCUUGUGGCUUCGGGAACGUCCGCCAGUCUUUUGGUUCUGCAGGCUGCGGUGGCUUCGAAUUGAUGAGGGUGAACAAGAUAAGACGAGGAUAACGAUGUUGAUGAUUAUGAUACCUGAGCAUCACUAGCAAUGCGAAUCGCGUAACGAGAUAUCUGCUUCGAUCGUCUUACGGGGUCAGCUACAUAGAUAUACUU